ACCAUUUUGCAGCAAACCCGCGAUCUCAACUUUCGCACGCGUCUCCCAUAUCUUCCGACGGAUGCUUUCGCCUCGGCGAACAAGUAGCAUUUGGUGGCGGAGGAGUUCUACGAUCUGCGAUGGUGCUCCUUGGAUCUCCAGCCGGCUACGCUCGCGAUGGAUGACAUCGAAGACGUCGGAGGGCUGCAAUGGAGGCUAUCGCGGGUGAGUUCAGUGGCGCGCGCUGGUAGUUGGUGUUGCUUUAACGAAACCUGAUGAUGAUUUCCCACCGCUUCCCCUCGUCGCUCCUAAACACGUUUACCCUUUCUCUUUCUAUCUGUAUGUGCAAAUUCUUAUCAAUCUCAACAAACAAGAGAGGAGAGAAUAAGGCAGCUGCUUAGAGGAAGAAUUGAAGAAUGUGUAGAGCACACUGCUAUUACAAAAAUAACGCGAAGAUGUUUCAGGAGUGAAGACACCAGUCAGCAGCAAGCCUAAACCAAGCAGUUUAAAUACAAAAUAUCUACAUUCUGUUACAGUCUGUUCAUUCUGUUACAUUCUCGUUACUUUUCACCCUCAUGUAUUCACUUGUAUAUAAACUCCCUUAAGCAAUGAAUAAAGCAGUUUUUCACCCUUCCAAAUCAGUUAGAUGUUCAAAUCACUUUCUUGCUUCUAACUCCACAACAUGGUAUUAGAGCAUUUGAAAGGAGUUUGCUAAGCAGUUUUCCGAUAAUGGCGACAUGGCCUUCAAUCGGCACAAGGUCAGCUGCAUCCGACAAUGCAACUAGAGUUCCGGCAACUAGGACUCCGACACCUAUUCCUUCUCCGACGACGGAAUCGAUUGCGACAGAGGUAACAUUCGAUCCAGAAUCUCAGUCGAAUGCAUAUUUUCUUCACCCUAAUGAAAAUCCGGCUCUGGUUCUGGUCUUCGUACCACUGGAUGGUCCGAAUUAUCACCCUUGGGCAAGAGCUAUGACGAUGUCGCUCUCGUGCAAGAACAAACUCAAAUUCAUCGAUAGUUCUAUUAUCAAACCAUCAAGAGAUGAUCCGAAGUUUGAAGUAUGGAACCGAUGCAAUGAUAUGGUAAUGUCUUGGAUUGUGCGAUCGCUAUCACCGAUGGUUGGCAGAAGCGUCCUCUGGAUUGAUACGGCAUAUGGCAUAUGGAAGGACCUGAAGCAUAGAUUCAGUCAACAAGACCUAUUUCGAAUUGCAGAGAUUAAGUGUGAAAUUUACCAGACAAAGCAGGGUGAUAGCUCCUUGAAUGAGUAUUUCACACACCAGAAGCUGCUCUGGGAUGAACUUCAGAUCCUCAGGCCUACUGUGGGUUGUGAGUGCACUACAAAAUGCCAAUGUGGAACAAAAAUUGAUGAAUUGAAUGAGCAAUUUGAGAAAGAUAAACUGUCUAUAUUUCUCAUUGGUCUUCAUGAUAGGUUCACCGGUGCAAGAAAUCAGAUCAUGCUUAUGAGGCCCUUACCAGAGGUGUGUGAUGCUUAUUCCAUGAUAGCUCAACAGGAGAGACAGUUUCAUAUUGGUGUUACUAGCUUUGCUAGUCAAUUACAUCAGGCAGGUGAGAAUGGCCUCACAGGGAAUGUGUUGAUGGCUAGAACAAAUGGUGGUACACAACAGAAUUACAAGAGAUUCAUAGGGGGAAACAAGAGGCCUGUAUGCACAUUCUGUGGAUUCACAGGACACACAGAGGACAAGUGCUACAAAAAACAUGGGUAUCCUCUCGGUUGGAAGCCCAAAUCAAGGAACCAAGGUUCUGUCAAUCAGACUCUUGGACCUCUUCCAAUCCAGCAGCAAGGUUCUGAUGAGGGCAUCUCAUUCACUCAGAAUGACUUAAAGAGAUUCUUGGAAUUUGUUCAGGUUCAAAAGGCUUAUGGAGAUAAGCCCAUGAGCACACCACUGGACCACUCAACUCAUGAAGCACAUGCCAACAUCAUCUCUGCAAAUCUCAUGCCUGGAACUCACACUGAAGGUGCCUUCAUUAAGAGUUCUAAUUGAACUAUGGAAUUACACACUGAUAAGUACAUAAUACAGGGUGCUACCCAUGGCAAGAUGAUUGGAAUGGCUGAACUUCAGAAUGGACUAUAUCACUUGACUUUCCCUGUAAAUUCCUCUGUAAAUAGUGUUGUUUCAGUAUUGAAUAAGUGUACCUUGUGGCAUGCUAGACUAGGGCAUGCCUCACAUUCUAAACUUCAGUUGUUGCAUGAAAUAGAUUCAACAAUUCAAGUGAAUAAGAAUUUGAUCUGUGACUGUUGUCAUUUUUCCAGACAGAAAA